CCCAGCUGAGAGAGCUCGCAGCAGAGGAGCCCAGAUAUCCGCUCAUCGUCUGGAGCAAAAUCGCAUUGAGGGAGACCUCCCAGCUUUCUUCCUCCUUGCCGAGCUCGUUCCAGCUCCCGAGGACGCCGGCGCGCGGCCAUGGCGCCCCCUCUCUCGUCCUGGCCGUGGGCGAGCCUCCGCGUAUACAAGUACUUCCUGCUCGCGCCCCUGGCGUGGAAGGUGGGGCAGGAGUGGCUGGAGCAGGGCGGCGCGCCGCUGUGGUCGCCGUGGCUGCACCUGCUGCUCCUCUUCUCCGCCCGAGGGCUGACCUACCAGUUCUGGUUCUCCUACAGCAACAUGCUCUUCCUCACCCGCCGCCGCCGCGUCGUCCCCGACGGCGUCGACUUCCGCCAGAUCGACCACGAAUGGGAUUGGGAUAACUUGCUGAUCUUGCAAACGCUGAUUGGAGCGUCGGUAGUCAACGGCCCACUGGCCCCGCACGUCCGCGUGUGGGACCCGCGCGGGCUGGCCAUCGCGCUGCUGCUGCAUGUGGGCUUCUCAGAGCCCGUGUUCUACUGGGCCCACAGGGCCCUGCACCGGGCCCCGAUCUUCGGCCAGUACCACGCCGCCCACCACUCCACGCCGGUCACGCACCCACUCACAGCUGCAUUUGGCACUCCGCUGGAGGCCCUGCUGCUGACGCUGACGAUGGGGGUCCCGCUGGCAGGGGCCUUCCUCAUGGGCGCCGGGUCCGUAGGCCUGGUCUACGUCUACCUCCUCGCCUUCGACUACCUCCGCAGCAUGGGGUACAGCAACGUGGAGGUCGUCUCGCACAGGGUCUUUGAAGCCGUCCCGGCUCUCCGAUACCUCCUCUACACCCCGACGUAUCUGAGCCUGCACCACAGAGAGAAGGACUCCAAUUUCUGCUUGUUCAUGCCUCUCUUUGACCUCCUUGGUGGCACUCUAAACUCCAAGUCAUGGGAGCUGCAGAAGGAGAUCUAUCAAGGCAAGAACCACGUGGUUCCGGAGUUCGUGUUCCUGGCGCACGUGGUGGACAUCAUGUCGUCGAUGCACGUCCCCUUCGUGCUCCGCUCCAUCUCGUCCGUGCCGUUCGAGAACCACCUGGUGCUCCUCCCCUUCUGGCCCGUGGCCUUCACGGGGAUGCUGCUCAUGUGGUGCCUCUCCAAGACCUUCGUCGUCAGCUCCUACUGCCUCCGCGGCCGCCUCCACCAGACCUGGACCGUGCCCCGCUACGGCUUCCAGUACUUCAUCCCGGCGGCCAAGAAGGGCAUCAACCACCAGAUCGAGCUCGCCAUCGUCCGCGCCGACAGGAUCGGGGUCAAGGUCCUCAGCCUCGCCGCGCUCAACAAGAACGAGGCGCUGAAUGGAGGCGGCACCCUGUUCGUGGAGAGGCACCCUGACCUGAGGGUGAGGGUGGUGCACGGCAACACCCUCACGGCCGCCGUCAUCCUCAACGAGAUCCCCAGCAAUACCAAGGACGUCUUCCUCACCGGCGCCACCUCCAAGCUUGGCCGUGCCAUCGCCCUUUACCUCUGCCGGAAGAAGAUCAAAGUCAUGAUGCUUACGAUGUCGUCGGAGCGGUUCCUGAAGAUCCAGAGGGAGGCGCCGGCUGAGUUCCAGCAGUACCUCGUGCAGGUCACCAAGUACCAGCCUGCGCAGAACUGCAAGACGUGGCUCGUGGGCAAGUGGCUGUCACCGAGGGAGCAGCGGUGGGCGGCGCCGGGGACGCACUUCCACCAGUUCGUCGUGCCGCCCAUCAUCGGGUUCCGCCGCGACUGCACCUACGGCAAGCUCGCAGCCAUGAGGCUCCCCAAGGACGUGCAGGGUGUUGGAUCCUGCGAGUACACGAUGGAGAGAGGGGUGGUGCACGCGUGCCACGCCGGCGGCGUGGUGCACUUCCUGGAGGGCUGGGAGCACCACGAGGUGGGCGCGAUCGACGUUGACCGGAUCGACGUCGUGUGGAAGGCGGCGCUCAAGCACGGCUUUACGCCGUCGUGAUCACUCGUCGACCCACCGAGGCGGCGAUGUACGCAGGUGAAGCGCAGGUGCAGAAUGCAGCUGAGACAAACGUGAACUAAUUAAGAUCGCUCCCUCCCUCCCUCCAUAUAUGUCCCAUAUAUCGCUACUCGUGUUCUUGUACUCCAUUCUUGUCAUCAAAUGCAAUGAAAUACCAAGUUCACACGAGAUUAAAUUAAUUUAAAUUCCCCGGGCA